AAAUUUCCCAAAGUCUAGUCAGCUGCAAAAAAUAAAUGUUUCUGGAGCUGGAGGAUCAUGUUGCAGAAGCGUGUGACUGCAAGACCUAGAUUCCUUUCCCCGCUCCCCCGUCUCUUUCCUUAGGUGCUUUUUAGCAUUAUUAUUUGUUUUGGGAGGGGAAAAAUCAUCUUCGCUUCAGUCUCUUGCUAGAGGUCCAGACUGCUUACGUCUGAGCGCCCCUUAUCAUUUCAGUGAAUGGCAAUUGCAGCCUUGGUGCUGUUAUAGCAAUGAAGCUACAGACGUCAUUGCCUCCUGUUGGACGUGAGAUGUGUCCAAGCAUCAGCCCCUUUUGCUUAAGAAAAACUCUUUAACUUCCACGCAGCCGACAGGCAGGCUUUUCUAAGAUCCUAUGGACCCACCACCGUACUGAUACAGUGCUAUAUUUUUAUUUCUCUGUACAUACACAUGCACACAGGUGUGCGUGUGUACGUGUGUUUGUAUGUAUGUAUACGGAGAGACAGAGAGAGAGAAAUUAAAGCUGCUGCUGUAGAGCGAGCUCCUCUAAAACAUCCUGCUCAUCAGAGUAGCUCUCCGCAUCGCUCUGUUAAAUACAGCCGGGCGGGAAAGCCAUCAUCAAUCAAUUUCGGGUAACAAGGAAGACUUGUUGAACACCUUGUUCUCCAGACCGCGGGAAGAUGCUGGGCUGCCGGAGCGUGGACGAGCCGGGAUUGUGCCCUGAACUUCACCCGCUUGGCAGCCGCUGUUCCUAAGCCAUUUCCCCUCUCCUCCCCUGCCUCUUUGCCUCCCGGACCGGCAGUCUGCUCUUUAAAGUUGAUCUGAAGGGGAAAGCAGAGACGAGCUUGUGCAUAGUUUGGAGGGUAUGAAUUUGCACCAGUUCUUCAGGACUGGCAUAAGCUCCCACGUUGCAGUAUCACCACCAGUAUGAUGAGCAGUAUCUCCAGUACAAAGUGUAGAUGUGAACUUCUGUUCUGCAUCUGGUGAGAGAAAGAGAAGCCAUUUAAAGUGACAUUUAAAAUGGAGAGGUCUUUCAUAAACAUCUUUAAUUACCUUGGACUAAUCCAGAACAGAGGUCGGUCAUGCUAGUUUGUCAUACUGCUUCAAAGUAGACUGUCCCUGCUUCAAAACCUUGACAAGCAAACUGUUAUCUCUGAACAGACCUGGACAUCUUAAAAACUGUGUUUUGAUUUGCUGAACGAAUUGCAGUUCAUGCUGGAUCUCAGAGUAUUUCUUCUGCUUCUGGACUAGAGUUUAAAAAAAUCCUUUUAUGGGAUGAUAUAGCAAACCUUACUGUUCCAGAUCAAAACUUCCUAUUGGAGUCACUGAGACUUCUCUAGCAAAUGGAGUGGACGUAUGGUUUAACAGAUGAAAAAGUGAAGGCCUAUCUUUCUCUUCAUCCCCAGGUACUGGAUGAGUUUGUGUCAGAAAGUGUAAGUGCGGAAACUGUUGAAAAAUGGCUAAAAAGGAAAAAUAACAGACAGGAAGAUGAAUCGACUCCUAAAGAAGUCAGCAGGUAUCAGGAUACAAAUAUGCAAGGUGUAGUGUAUGAAUUGAACAGCUACAUAGAACAACGCCUGGAUACAGGAGGAGAUAACCAACUACUUUUAUAUGAACUGAGCAGCAUCAUUAAAAUAGCUACAAAAGCUGAUGGAUUUGCACUAUAUUUCCUGGGAGAAUGCAAUAAUAGUCUGUGUGUAUUUACACCACCAGGAGCUAAAGAAGGACAACCACGGCUCAUUCCGGCAGGGCCCAUUGCACAUGGCACUACAGUAUCUGCUUAUGUAGCCAGAUCCAGAAAAACGUUGUUAGUAGAAGAUAUUCUGGGGGAUGAACGAUUUCCCAAAGGUACUGGACUGGAAUCAGGGACUCGUAUCCAAUCUGUUCUUUGUUUACCCAUCGUCACUGCAAUUGGUGAUCUGAUUGGUAUCCUGGAGCUUUAUCGUCACUGGGGCAAAGAAGCCUUCCAUCUAAGUCACCAAGAGGUUGCAACAGCAAAUCUUGCAUGGGCUUCAGUAGCAAUACAUCAAGUACAAGUGUGCAGAGGCCUUGCCAAACAGACUGAACUGAAUGACUUCUUGCUUGAUGUAUCGAAAACAUAUUUUGAUAAUAUAGUUGCAAUAGAUUCUCUACUUGAACAUAUAAUGAUAUAUGCAAAAAACCUGGUGAAUGCAGAUAGAUGUGCACUCUUCCAGGUUGACCAUAAAAACAAGGAGCUGUAUUCAGACCUUUUUGAUAUUGGAGAAGAAAAUGAUGGGAAACCGGUUUUUAAGAAGACCAAAGAAAUAAGAUUUUCUAUAGAAAAAGGAAUAGCUGGUCAAGUGGCAAGAACGGGGGAGGUCCUUAACAUCCCUGAUGCCUAUGCAGAUCCACGCUUUAACAGAGAAGUAGACCUCUAUACAGGCUACACAACCAGAAAUAUCCUGUGCAUGCCUAUUGUGAGCCGAGGAAGUGUAAUAGGCGUUGUGCAGAUGGUGAACAAAAUAAGUGGAAGUGCCUUCUCUAAAACUGAUGAGAACAACUUUAAAAUGUUUGCAGUCUUUUGUGCUUUAGCCUUACACUGUGCUAAUAUGUACCACAGAAUUCGCCAUUCAGAGUGUAUUUACCGUGUGACAAUGGAGAAACUGUCCUACCACAGUGUUUGUACAGCAGAAGAGUGGCAAAACCUAAUGCACUGUACACUGCCUCCACAUAUUUAUAAAGAAAUUGAACUAUACCACUUUGACAUCAGCCCCUAUGAGGAUGUCUGGCCUGCCAUUUUUGUCUACAUGGUUCACCAGUCCUGUGGGACAGCCUGCUUUGAACUCGAAAAGCUAUGCCGAUUUACUAUGUCUGUAAAGAAGAACUAUCGCCGUGUGCCCUACCACAACUGGAAGCAUGCAGUUACAGUGGCGCAUUGCAUGUAUGCCAUACUUCAGAACAACCAGGGGCUUUUCACUGACCUGGAGCGAAAAGGUCUUUUAGUUGCAUGCCUAUGUCAUGACCUGGAUCACAGAGGUUACAGCAACAGCUAUCUUCAGAAAUUUGAUCAUCCUCUAGCUGCUCUCUAUUCCACAUCAACGAUGGAACAGCACCACUUCUCACAGACUGUGUCCAUCCUGCAGCUGGAAGGGCACAAUGUCUUCUCCAAUCUGAGCUCCAGUGAAUAUGAGCAAGUCCUUGAGAUCAUCCGCAAAGCCAUCAUUGCUACAGACCUUGCCCUGUAUUUUGGAAAUAGAAAACAGCUUGAAGAGCUGCAUCAAGCGGGAGCAUUAAACCUUAAGAACCAAGCACACAGAGAUAGAGUGAUUGGUCUGAUGAUGACUGCUUGUGAUUUGUGUUCUGUAACAAAGCUGUGGCCAGUUACCAGAUUGACAGCCAAUGAUAUAUAUGCAGAGUUCUGGGCUGAGGGUGAUGAAAUGAAGAAAACGGGUAUUCAACCUAUUCCUAUGAUGGACAGAGACAAGAAAGAUGAAGUCCCUCAGGGUCAAAUUGGGUUCUACAACGCUGUAGCCAUCCCAUGUUACACGACACUUGCACAAAUCUUUCCUCCAACUGGGCCACUACUCCGAGCAUGCAGGGACAAUCUCAACCAAUGGGAAAAAGUAACGAGAGGUGAGGAAGCCUCUAUAUGGAUUCCCACCCAGUCCAUUACUCCUGGGACUUCAGAUUCGCUUCCUGUGAAGAUUGAUGACUGAACAGCAGCAACAGAUUGCUUUAACCCUAAGAGCAUCCCUUCUUGCUUUGGGGGUUAUUUUUUGUUUGUUUUGUUUUUAUUUGACAAAGGAAAAAGAAAAGCUACAAAAUGCUAACUUUCAGAAGCAGAUCUGCCAAUGAAGGUAACACCCAUGGAGUUGUCUCAGCUAAGCAACUCUGGCAGCCAGUCUCCUGACCUACACCAGUGACACAACGUGAACAGAGGGAAAAUGACAACCCAGAUUUUUUGGAAUCAGCUAUCAAAAGAAAACUUACGACUUGUGAAUAUAAAAGACUGGCCUUAUCUCAUGGGCUACAUUGCUGAGGCCUUAAUUUAAAACUGAUGGGGGAAAAAAAUCUUAGGGGGUACUUCUAAAUUGUAUCUUUCUAGUAAGGGUUUCAAUGGUACUUUUAUUAUACUGUACUGUGGCUGGCUUUAACACCAGUGUCACUUGGGAGUUCUUGGCUAUAAAUAGAACAAUAUAUCCAUUGCUAUUGUGAAUGUUUAUGUGUGAUCUACUUGUAAUCAGUUUGAACUCCAGCAGAAUCCUUGGAGACUAUAAUUCAUGCUUAGGUUACGGUGAAUUCUCUUGCUGCAAACAAAAGAAAACCAACAUUCAGGUUAAAGGUUUACAGUACUUCAUUAAGCAUCAUGAUGCAAACUGUCUGUCACUCACAAGGCAAAUGUUGAAAGAACUAGUGAUGAUGCUUUGUUCUUCAGAAUGAUUUAUCAACCUAGACAACUCCUCCCUUUAAACACUGGAAGUGCUGGAUGUUUAUCUCCAAUAAGGAGAGAUGUAGGCAUAGUUUCAGGUUGGAGUUUUUGUAUCCAUAGUGACAGAAGCAUCAGAUUAAAAUUUAAAUGUGACAGCAAAGAUUUCCUUGCCUAGCUCACAAAUACCUAAAGUCAUCAUGUUUACUUCUACCUGUUGAGUUGUAUUCUAAAAUGUAUUAGAAACAUCAGAAGUAUGCUAUCUGCUGGGAACAAAAGCCCUGUCAGAAAAGUCAGGUCUCAUAAGAAAAAUUGUGGUACCAUCACAAUAAAUCAAAAAUGUUUUUGUAUAGACUAGCUCUUGUGUUGCACAGUAACACUGCAUGUCUUCUUCUACUCUUUAUCCCUAUCCCAAGAUAAGUGAAAUUAGGAAACUUCUCCCUUUUUGUUUGCUUUUUUUUCUUAGUUCAGCAAAAUUUCCAGACUUAGAACUGCUUUUCUCAAAGAAAUAACAGCUGACAGAAGAAAAGUACUCUAAAAUACUGUGUUUACAGUUCUGUGUUUCAGUUGGGCUUCAGCCUUACAAACUUAUGCACAGACUUUAAGACCUUACAUUUAAUGCCACUCUUCUGAAUUUAGUGCAAUUGUACAAAGUAUGUUUCAAGAACUCUUAAUUUGCCUUCAUCUUUCUCUUAAAAAUAAUGAUCCACACAGUAAGUGAAAAAGUCUUUGUAUACCUUUCACAUACAGCCUAUACUGCAUUAUAUGCUUUUUCACAGAUAGUAAUACAUUGUUGUAGUGGUUCUGUGAUAACAUGGCCAUUUGUGUAACUGCAACUAAUAACAGUAGCAACUUAAAGACAGGAUGCAGGUUCUCUUUUUCCUUCUCACACUUGUUGAGCUGUAUUGCUCUAAUAAGCAUGUCAUCUUCUGUGUUUUAUUUAAAUGACAUUUAAAUUACUCUUGAGUUUUGCCUUCUGUUAUGGUCGAGCACAUACCAGUAUGUGUACAUGUGUACAGUAUGUGAUGCAUAAUCACAUAAUGUAUAAAUGCACCUAAGCCUUUGCUGUACAUAGAUAUCCCAGAGGUCAAGAAUUCAAUAUGAAAUUAUCUUAUUUGUAUAAUACAGGUUACCUAGCAGCAGCCCCAUAAUUCUUUUCAGGUGCUUUGCUAAUUCUAAGUGCAGAAAUUCAUUUCUAACCACAGUAAAUUAGUCAUUUUGGAUUAUUAAAAAAAAAAAAAAAAAAAAGGAAAUACCAAAGUAGAAUAAAUAGUAUCUUAUGUUGUUUUCUGCUUUAUUACUUAGUAGUUCUGCUUUAAUCAUGCAGAUACAGACUUUCAUUUGCUGAGUACUAUAUACACAAUCAAUCAUUCUAAUUCACAUGGAAAUUUAUCUAAAUCUACGGUGACCACAAAAUACUCUCUGAAAUUCAGAUAUGCUACCAACUGAACUGAACAUUUUUCCUUCAUGGGUUAAGUAUAUUUGCUGUUCUUCUUAGAAUGAUGAUCUUACAAGCUUUGCAAAAAUAUCACAGAUCACACUGUGUCUGUGUUAAGCAAAGUUUUAAUUCAUUUUCUAGUCAUUGCUGGUAAAGACAACUUGGCCAGUUCUGUUACUUACUAUUCAGAAUAUUUGACAUAUCACAUGGUAUGUUAUGUUUUUAAGUUUAUAAGUACUGAUAUGGAACAUAGUUCCCUAACAAAUUCAUCGCAUUGGCCAUAAGUUGUUUUAUUAAUGUCGCAAGUCCAUCAGAUUUUUUUUUUUUCUAAUGUGGAACUAUCUGAAACAUUUAAAAUAUAUGUUUAUUAUAGUAUAAUGUUCACUAAAACUAAAAACUUCAGUUACAGUGGUUGUGGAUUGGUGUAUGAAAGGAGAAAAAAUCAUGACAAAAAGUUAGUUUUUGUCUGUAGCUAUAAUAACAAAAUUAGCAAUAGUGGGCUACAUUUUCUAAGCAAAUUUAGUCUCAGCAUUUAAAGAGUACAGAUUCCGAUGUAACUUUUUGUAGGAAAAAAACAAACAAACAAAACAAACAAACAAAAAAAAAAAACACUAAAAUCAGUACUCCCAAAGUCAAACCCACCAAAAAUUGAAACCUUGAAGUUGCAUUUGAAUUUCACAACUCAAGUACAUGUUGAGAUUUAAUUGUUCAGAAGCGUGGACUUGAAAUCACAAAUCUGUUCAUUAAGUUAAACUGCCAAAAGCCAUUUUUAUUCUGCUAAAACCUGAUGUUGUACAAGAUCAAUAAGAACAUAUAAAAAAUAAUAAAAAAAUAACAAGAACAACAACAACAAAACACAGAUUUUUUUUCCUAGAAGUGUUAGACUUUGCAUUCCCAGAACACCAUUACUUUUGUUAGUGAUUUCAAUGGAUUUUUGCUUCUAAGCCCAGGAGAAGUAAAAGGACUAUCUGAAGCCAUAUCUGAGCAUUUAUAAUAUAUUGUGAAAUGAUGUCUGAAAGAUAGGCACUAAGGGAGCACUAAGUUCAUGUAGCAUGGUAUUCAUCUGAGAUGUUGCAUAUUUUAUUACAGCAAUGUCAGAAAUUCCAUUGUUAUAAUUAAUCUAUGAAUUUUGUAAUGUAGUACAACAUCUUGCUGUAAUGGUUCAACUCAUGGCAGUACUUUUUUAAAUAAGUGAUCUAUUUUUAGUAAGUUAUUCCCUUAGUGAAAUGCAGUAGUGUUUUUAGUAGGAUUAUAUGCUAAAAUAUAUUUACAUUGGAGGAGACAUGCAGUGUAGAAUUCAUCGUUUUGUGUGGCACAGACUUCCUUCAUGUGUUUAAAUGUUAAACAGUGUAAUCAGUUUGCUGUGACUGCAUUUAGACCAUUUAGUGUUAAAAUCGUAGGGAUUGCAAAUAGUACUAUUCAUGUUAAAAAUAGAGAUUGUUAGAUGCUCAAAACAAUUAUGACCCUCUUGAAAUAAUGCAUUUGCCUCUAACACUGUGAUACAGGAACAAUUCUGUGAAGUGGUACAAUUCAUUUGUUCAUUCUAAAUACAGAAGAGACUUUCUGCACACUACUACAAGGAAGUUCAUGUUCAAAUUUUAGGUUUUAUAUCCCAAUCUAGCAAAGGCACAUUACAACACUUGUUUUCCUUUCUGACCAAAAACUGUGCUCGAUUGUAAUACGGGUGUAUACUCUGUCAAAACAAAAA